GCGCGUCGUUUGGGUCGUUCCUGAGAAGUUUCUCGAAUGAGCGGCGGGCGGCAGCGGACACUGUUUCAGAGCUGGGGCAACACGGCGCCCCGGUCUCAGGAUGGGAGGGGCGCUGAGACCGGGCCUGCGGCAACGCCGACUCCAGGGGAUGGUUUCCAUGACGGGGAGGAGGAGGAGGAUGAUGAAGUGCUGCUGGUGGCGGUGUUUGAGGCUGAGCGGUCCCUGGGCAGCCCCAGGCCGGACUCUGGGAGCCUGCAGCCAGCUUCCCUCCCCGGCUUCGACCUGUCCUCUGGCGAUGUGUGGAUUUACCCGAAUAAUUAUCCCAUCCGGCCCUACCAAUUCGACAUGGCCCGGGUGGCCCUCUUCCAAAACACCCUGGUGUGCCUGCCCACCGGCCUGGGCAAGACCUUCAUCGCGGCCGUGGUCAUGUACAACUUUUACCGCUGGUAUCCCUCUGGGAAGAUCGUGUUCAUGGCCCCCACCAAACCCCUGGUCGCUCAGCAAAUCGAAGCUUGUUACAAGGUGAUGGGUAUUCCGCAGGAGCACAUGACAGAGAUGACAGGUAAAACACAGGCAUUGAAUCGUCAGAAUAUUUGGAAUGCCAAACGAGUAGUCUUCCUCACACCUCAAGUUAUGAUGAAUGAUCUUUCUCGUGAAGCUUGUCCAGCUGCUGAUGUGAAGUGUUUGGUUGUUGAUGAAGCUCACAAGGCACUAGGAAAUCAUGCUUACUGUCAGGUUGUUCGGGAGCUGUGUAAUUAUACACGUCAGUUCCGUAUUCUUGCUUUGACUGCAACGCCAGGUAGUGAUGUAAAGGCUGUACAACAAGUCCUCUCAAACUUGAUGAUUUCGCAUCUUGAGGUUAGGUCUGAAAAUUCCUUGGACCUCCAGCCCUAUUCUCACCAGAGACAGGUGGAGAAGUUUGUUGUUCCUCUGGGUACUGAGCUGAUUGCUAUUCAGUCUUUAUACCUACAGGUCUUGGAGUCAUUUACUCAGCGCCUCCUCAAGGCUGGAGCCCUAAUUCAUAAAGAUAUAGCAAAUUUAACCAAAUACCAAAUAGUUCUGUCACGGGAACAGUUUAGAAAAAAUCCUCCAGCAAACAUUAUGGGAGCUCAACGAGGUAUGGUGGAAGGAGAUUAUGCUCUUUGUAUUAGUCUUUAUCAUGGUUAUGAACUUCUGUUACAAAUGGGAAUGCGAUCAUUGUACAGCUACCUGGAAGGCAUUCUGGAUGGAUCCAAAGGAAUGACACGAGCACGGAAUGAGCUGUGCAAAAAUACUGUCUUCAAGGAGUUGUAUGAACAGCUGAAAGCUAUGUUUUCAAAUGGAAGCAGCCUUUUUCAUUCACAAAUAGGGUCUGAAAACAAAAAGCAACUCAUCUACAGUCACCCCAAACUUCAAAAACUUGAAGAGGUUGUUGUGGGACACUUUAAGACUUGGGCUGAAUCUGAAGGUCCAAACAUAUCUGAAGGAAAGAACAGUGGUUUAAAUACUCGUGUUAUGAUUUUCUCCUCAUUUCGGGACAGUGUUCAAGAGAUUGCUGAGAUGCUCAGCAGACAUGACCCUCUUGUGAGAGUCAUGACUUUUGUUGGGCACUCUUCAGGAAAAAACACAAAGGGAUUUACGCAGAAGGAACAACUUGAGGUUAUGAAACGCUUUCGGGAAGGUGGUUAUAACACAUUGGUUUCUACAUGUGUUGGUGAAGAAGGAUUAGACAUUGGUGAAGUAGAUCUCAUUGUUUGCUUUGAUGCCCAAAAGAGCCCCAUUCGCUUGGUACAGAGAAUGGGUCGGACUGGCCGGAAGCGCCAGGGCAGAAUUGUGGUUCUCCUUGCAGAGGGACGAGAAGAACGGAACUACAACCAGAGUCAAUGUUCAAAACGGAACAUUUACAAAACUAUUGUAGGAAAUGGCAACAAGUCCUUUCACCUUUACUGUAAUAGUCCACGCAUGAUUCCUGAUGGUAUAAAUCCUGUUGCACACAAGAUGCACAUUACCACUGGCAAGUAUGAAUCAAGCAGUGUAUCAAAUUAUUCAUCAAAACCAGGAAGAAAGUCGAAUAUUUUACUUCCAGAAUCAUUCACAUUACACAGAAACCCAGUAAUAAAACAAACCAACCCUAAAGAAGAUGGUUUGUUAAGUCCAGAAGAAUUUGAAUUUUGGGACAGAAAAUUCCGAUUGAAAAGUGAAGAUUUAGGAACACCAAAAUUUGUGUCAAUUCCAUUUGAGUUUGUAAAGGAUGAGCCAAUAACCAUGGAACGGGAGUGUGGUGCAAUCCAUGAACUCUCUCUGUCAGAGUGGAGCCUUUGGCAAAAUCGUCCAUUUGCUACCUAUUUGAUUGAUCACUCUGAUCGCUGCCUGCACUUCAUAAGCAUUAUGGACAUGAUUGAUUUGAUGAGACAAGAGGAGAACGGUGACAAUUAUUCAUUAGACAUCAUGCCGUAUUUAAACAUGGAUGAUAUUUUUGAAGCACCUUGCAUGCAACAAUGUCAAGUUGGAGACACUUACAUGGCAAAAAAUCGCGAUAAACAUAUAGUGCAUCAACUAAUAAAGUCUAGAUGUGACAGAAGGAAAUGUGUUGAACAGAAUAAUAAUUUUUGCAAAUUAACUAAUGAAGCUAAGUUAUGUGAUCUUUCUGAUAUAAAUAAAAGGACAAAAGGUCUACAUUCACCAUCUUGUCUUAGAACUACAAACACUAAGGAAACCAGAGAAACUGCAUUUACAGUAAUGGGAAAGACUUCAAAAUCAAGUGAACAGUUCUAUCAGUCAGAGGACGAAAUUAAAGAGGACUUAAAUGGUGAAAUACAGAAAGCAGCUAAGUUUAGUGGGGCAGACAGGAGAAAAAUCUUGAGUCCCAUGAAAAUCUAUACAAGUUCUACUGGAAGCAAAUCAAUAAGUUCUGAAUACAAAAUUGUUGAUGCAGCCGAGAAAGAACAAACUGAGUGUCACCAUUAUGAACCAGUAAAUGAAUACGUAUUAAAAGAUAUUGUGACUGAAACACAUGAUCUGGUUCCCAAAUGCAACAAAUCAAACUGUGUCAGUUUAGACUCCAGUGGCUCAAUUAACGAAAUAUCAACAAAUUGUAUCAAUCUGUCUAAACUGUUUUAUCUACCAGAUGUGCUCAUAACUCGGGGCCACAGUUCAGGACACAGAUCCUCAAAUACAGAUUCUCAAAGGUAUUCUUGCUUACCAGAGGUUGAACAUCCUAAUUAUGAUUAUGGUGGGCAAGUUCCAACUAGUGUAGAAGUGGUUUUGGAAAGAGUAAAAUCCUUUCUUGCUACUUCUCCCCCACGACUAGACAUAUUUUCCUUUUGCGAAAAAGUGAAUUAUGAAGAAAAUAGGGGACAAUCAAAUAUUUUAAAAAUCCCACCAGAAACCACUUUAAAAUCUGACCAAGGAGGCAAUCAUGUUUUCAGUUGUUCAUCAUCAAUUAGUAUUAAACCAACAGAUUUAGAGACUUGGAGAGAGCCUGAGGAUUUAAAUUGCAGUCCUUCCUGGGAUGACUUAUUUGACAGUAAUGUUGAAGAACACUUGGAUCAAAAUUAUCGAGCUCAGUCUGAUGUAAAUCAAGAAGAAUUACAUGAUCCUUUGCACAAAUAUCAUAACUCCCCUGAUAACAACAAAAAUAGAACCAGUGUAAUCUUCAAGGACUCUAUAAAUGACGUGCUGUUUGUAUCUGAGGAAAGCUUGCCUUUGUUUGAAGCUGAACCAUCAUUUGGCAGCCUUCUAUCCCAUCGUGCUUCCAACUCCAAAAGUUGUAUGAUUGGAAAGAAUGUCUCUGGACUGACAAGGCAAUCUACUGAGUUGAACACACCACUGCAACAUGCCCAAGCAGUUCCUAAUAAUUUAAGAAACCAUGAAACUGAACAGGACAUAAAUCACUGGCCAGUUUUGCAUCAAUCUUUUCACAAACAAAUGCUUUGUGAAAACUUAUGCAUUGAGCAGCAUAGGUCAGUGGUUGAUAACAGCAAUGUGUACAAUUGCUCAGGUGAAAUCUUUUCUGCUAACUUUGAUCUGGGCUUUUCAUUUGAAGACUUAAAUGAAAAUAAUUCGCCAAUAACCAAUACUGUUUAUAAAAUUACUGAAUUGUCAGAACAUCUUUCAGGCAAAUCACCUUCUGAUAACACAGAUAUAAUAAAGACAGAACCAGUUGAAUGCAUCCCCGAGUUUCAGAAAAACUGCAACAAAAUUACUUCAGAAAUAUUCGAAGCAGAGUCGAAAGUAAUCAGAGAUUGCUCAACACCAGAGUCUGGAAAGCACGCCUCCUUAGUGCCAAGCAAAAUAGAAGCUUUGCAUCUUACCAAUAUUUGUCUGGCAUCACAAGAUUCAACUCUAUUUUCUCCAAAGUAUCAGUCUGACCUUCAGGUGUCCUCAGCCUGUUCUCCUGCUGUUGCAUCUUUUACAACACCAGAAAAAAGGAGUUUGCCUCUCAACUGUGUUGGCCCACUGUUUAAAAAUGAUCUAAUAAUUAACCAGCAACCUGCACUAAGUGUCUCAGAGGAUUCGGUUGAUAAAAGAUCUUUGACAGAAUUAGCAGCCUCAUCUAACACUUGUGCUGCAACACACAGUGCAUGCAGAAGCGAAAAGCAUGAAAAGAAGCCUCUUACAAAUAAAAAAGAGAAUACUUUUAGCAAAAGUCUUGAAGCAUCUAUUAAUGGUGGGUGCAACAGUGAGAGUGAAGAUGAAGUUAUCAGAAGACCUUGUAAAAGAAUUAAAGUUGGUGUUCUGGAAUCGCCUGAAGUAACUCUAACCUAUGAGCUCAACUCUCCUAUUUUACCCAACUGGAAAGCCAGGAAAAUGCUUAAUUUAGGCUUCACAGACAGUGAAGACGAUGAUUUUAAAGACCCUUCAAACGAGAAUAAUAAUGGUGCCAAAUUGUUUAGAAAUAUUCAUCAAUCCCGGAGGCGAGAGCAUGUUGCUCGACAGUUUCUUGAUGAAGAGGCUGAGCUUUCCUUGGAUGGAGCUGAAUAUGUGUCCUCCGAUGAAGAUGACUGUGACAAUAUCAACGAUGAUUCUUUGAAAGGUUUCAUAAAUGAUGAAUCUCAGCUUUCACAAGUUAUAAGUGACAGUGACAUGCAAGAAAUUUAUCUGAAGUCUGUCCGUAGCCCUAAUAUCUACAAUAAGAAAAAAAUGGUCUUUAGUAAAAAUGAAAUGACCAUAUUUUCACAGAUACCUGAACAGGAUGAGACCUAUAUGGAAGACAGCUUUUGUGUUCGUGAGGAAGAUGAAGCAGAUAAUCAAACUGAGUUAAGUGAUGAUGACAUUGUGAAUUUUGAUCUCUUGAAUGAUACUCCUGUUGAAAAAAACAAACAGUAUGCAACUCGGAACAGAACAAGAGAAAAAAAUGCUGAAAUAAAAAGUGGUAAACGUGGUUUGACCAAAAAGAAGAAAGGCAGCCGGAUAAUUUUGUUAAAUGAUUCCAGUGAAGAUGAACAAGAUGUGAAUGUAAACCAUGAAUUGCCAAGAAAGAAUUUAGCACACAACAACAAAAGUAAACAGACUGCAGAAGAGCAAACUACGUCAUUUUCUCCAAACCUGACCUCAGUAGGUGACUGUUUCAGUGAAUGUUCACCAAAAAUGGCUGUACAACAACCAGCAUGUGUUGAUGGGGAUAGAAGUAAUGCCUUGCGUUUCAGUCUCCAGGCUUCAGUGUCUGAAGCAUUAGACUUUCAAAUACAGCACAAACAUUUGAGAAGAUAUAGUUCAGCUGUUGCCUCAGAAAUUGCGCUGAACUCAAUGCAAGGCAAAGGACAAGAUAAAUGCCAAGUGAGCAAACUUCAUUCCAUUAACUUUAUGGAAUCUGCCAUGUUUUCAAGACCAAAUGAAAAUCUAUGUAAAGACAUCCUGGUCAGCAAUCAACAGUCCGUAUCUCGUGGAACAGUUCCACUAAAGGUUCUUGUGGACAGUCGUGAAAUCUCCUCUGGGCCAAACCUGGUUUCCUGUUUACGCAUUAAACAUGGCAUCAAGGUUGAGAUUUGUAAUCUCAGUGGAUGUGAUUAUAUAGUGAGCAACCGGAUGUCUGUAGAAAGGAAAUCCUUUUCAGAGUUUGCUAACAGUACAAAUCGAAGUAAGCUUGUAGACCGUAUUCAGCAUCUUCAGGCCAUGUUUGAACGUGUGUGUAUCAUUGUGGAGAAAGAUGGAAUGAAGCCAGGAGAUAUAGCUAGGAUAUUCCCGAGAACCAGAUACUAUGAUGGAUUGCUAACAUCUUUGACUGUUGCUGGAAUCCGAAUCUUGUUCAGCUCUAGUCAGGAGGAAACGGCAGGUCUGAUUGCUGAACUUGCCCAUGUUGAAGAAAGGAAGAAUGCAGCUAUUACUGUCCCACUGGAGGUUCAUGGUUACUGGCAGCAAGUUUUACAGUUCUACCUCAGCAUUCCUGACAUCAGUUAUGUAACAGCUUUAAAUCUCUGUCAUUGGUUCAACUCUGUGAAAGAAGUAGCCAACAGUUCAGUGGAUGAAAUAGCAUCUCGAGGAAAGGUUAGUCACCGCCGAGCUGAAGAAAUCUACCGCUACCUUCACUAUGUAUUUGAUCGACAAAUGGUACCUGAUCAUCUCAGACUAUCUAACCAGAAACAAAAUGUACAGCCAUAAAUUUAAUUGGCCUAAUGUGGGCAUCUUUAAAUGCACUUUAUUUCUGUAAUGUUUCAUG